UCCUAAAAAUUUGAAAUAAAUGUUUUAAGAACCUAGACAGACACAGUUUAAAAGGUAUCCUUUCAACUCCUGGCAAUUUCUUUGUUUGUGAUGACCUCUGGUCCCAAAGAGCAGAGGAAUGGGGGUUAAGGUGCAAUCUGUUUGAAGCAUGUGAGUGGGUCUCAGUAACCAAUCACUUUUUCUAUUGUUGACUUCUGUCCCAAGUCCCAACAUGCACCAUCCCUGCAAAAAUUUGACAAACACUUAGACACACACAGACAGACAGCCAGGCAACAGAAACAAACAGCCAGGGCUGAACAGGGCAAGGGAAAGGACUGAAGAGUAUAAAAAUAGUAUUACAAAAGAAGCGACCUUGCUGUUUGUUUUGCAGGCUGGAGUAAUGGAAAUGUUCAGUAGUGUGUUGUUAGGAAGCCUGGUGUUGGUUCUACUGUGGUUGUUCAGGCAGAAGAGACAGAGAUCCGACCGUUUACCACCAGGACCCUGGGCUCUGCCACUGCUGGGUAAUGCACCUCAGAUGGACAAACAGGCUCCCUUUAAGACCCUCGUCAAGUGGAGUGGUGUGUAUGGACCAGUGAUGACUGUGUAUCUUGGGCGGCAGCGGACUGUGGUGCUGGUGGGGUAUGAAGCAGUCAAGGAGGCUCUAGUGGACCAGGCUGAGGACUUCAUAGGAAGAGCUCCCAUCCCCUUAAUUUCUCGUGCUACCAGGGGAUACGGCCUGGCCAUCAGUAACGGGGAGCGUUGGCGGCAGCUGCGUCGUUUUACCCUGACCACUCUGAGAGACUUUGGGAUGGGUCGUAAGAGAAUGGAGGAGUGGAUACAGGAGGAAAGCCAAUACCUUAUUGAUAGUGUGCAUGGCACUAAAGCCAUGCCCUUUGACCCCCAGCCUUACUUGAGUCGCACUGUAUCCAAUGUCAUCUGCUCCCUAGUUUUUGGACAGCGUUUCAGCUACGAGGAUGCCAACUUCCUGUACUUACUCAACAUUUUCUCAAGUCUGCUGCGCUUUGGAAGCAGUCCCUGGGGACAGCUCUACAACAUCUUCCCCAGGCUGAUGGAAUGCCUGCCUGGCCAGCAGCACAGCCUUUUUACCAAGGUGGACGAGGUGAGAGAGUUUAUAAUGAAGAAGAUACAUGAGCACCAAGAGACAAGGAAUCCAGGCAACCCUAGAGACUACAUAGAUUGUUUCCUCACCAGACUCAACCAGGAGAAGGAAUUGUCCUCCUCUGAGUUUAUAUAUGACAACCUGGUGUCCACAGUGUUGAACCUCUUCCUGGCAGGAACAGAGACCACCAGCACUACUCUCAGAUACGCCGUAAUGGUGCUCAUUAAAUACCCUAAAAUUCAGGAGCACAUGCAGCAGGAAAUCGACACAGUGAUUGGACGAGAACGAGUACCUCAGAUGGAGGACAAGAAGUCUCUCCCCUUCACAGACGCUGUCAUCCACGAGGUGCAACGUUUCCUAGAUAUUGUUCCGUUUAACAUUCCGCACUACGCCACCAAAAAUAUCUCAUUCAGAGGUUACACAAUCCCUCAGGGCACCGUUAUCCUUCCCCUGCUGCACUCUGUUCUGAGAGACCAAGACCACUGGGCCACGCCCACAACCUUUAACCCUGAUCACUUCUUGGAUGAAAACGGAAACUUCCAGAAGAACCCUGCCUUCUUUGCCUUCUCUGCAGGUAAGCGUGCCUGUGUAGGGGAGUCUCUGGCUCGUAUGGAAAUCUUUUUGUUCCUGGUGUCUCUGCUGCAACGUUUCUCCUUCUCAUGUCCUGGAGGACCUGAAAGCAUGGAUCUCAGCCCAGAGUACAGCAGCUUUGCUAACCUCCCUUGCAGCUACCAACUCAUCGCUACCCCCCGCUGACCUGGAGGGUAGCGGCAGAAGCACAAAACAAGGGAGAGCAUAGAAAUCGGGUGGAGGAGAGAAGGGAAAGGACCUGAUUAGAGUAUUCGUUGAUGCAUAUAAGGGUAAUACUAACAGAAAACUGAUUUCCAGGUUAUAUUCAUGCCUACAGUUAGACAGGGGACUUUCAACAAUGUAUGUAAAAAGGAGGUGGGAGAAAGAAGCUAACAUAAAGAUAAGCGAAGAUGACUGGUUGAAUAUAUGUAGGACACAAUCUACCACUUCCAGCUCAGGUCUGUGGAGGGAAUUCACCUGGAAAAAUACUUUAAGAUUCUUUAUAACCCCUAAUAUAAAAAAGUCACAGAGUAACAACUCUGAACAUGGUCAGUGUUGGAGAAUGUGUGGUAAUACGUCUGCUGGUCACUUUCAUAUCUUUUGGGAAUGCCCUAUUAUUUCUUUGUAUUGGAUAGAGGUGGUAAGGGCAAUAAAGUCAAUAGUCGGCUCAGAGCUCGAGUUUAAUUUCAGUGUUAUAUAUUUAGGAAAUCUACCUACAGAGCUGAGAAAGGUAGAUAGAUAUUUGUUACAAAUACUUUUAGCAGGUAGCAAGAAAGCAAUAACUAAGAAAUGGCUAAGUAAAGAUUCACCAACAAUUGCUGAAUGGAUAGAAAUAGUUAGAGAAAUUUAUCUUAUGGAACAUUUGACUUUUGCUCUAAGACAUGCCCAAAAGAAAUGUGAAAUGUAUUGGGAAAAAUUGAUAUCUUAUCUUAAUACAAAUUGAGACGUAUAAGCCCUUCUUUAUUUAUUGUUUUUUCUUUUCUUGUUUUCACAUGAUGUUGGACAAUUUUGUUAAUCAUGAUGAUUUUGCCUGAUGUCCCUUGGUCUGUCUGUCUGCUCCCUUUUUUUUUUUCUUUUUUUGUCAAAAAUAAAAAAAUAAAGUAUACAAAAAAAAAGAAAUCGGGUGGAGGGACCAGAGUUAUUUUUGGAUUUUGUAUAUUUUUGGGGGACUAUGUAUGCUCUGUAAUGUGUGUCCUAAUGUCAUUUAAUUAAUAAAUAUAGAAAUAUUAUAUUAAAGCCCUUUUGAAAUCUGCAGUUGUAUUUACUUAUACAGAUAUAGCCUAAACCCUGAAGAGGAAGAACAGUGGCUUGGGGAAUCUCCCCAGAAAGUUCUGAAGGUAAAACACACAGUACUAAUAAUUCCUGUCAUCUUUGGGCAUUGCUGUUAUUCAGAAUAACUUAGAACUCUUCUUUCCCAAUGUAGGGGGGUUGGGAUAUGUGUUGGUGUUGGGAGUACAUCUUUCUUUCUUCCUUAGUUUUUCCUCCUUGUUUUUGUUAGUGUUCAUGAAUGUUUGAUCCUUUCUCCCCUCUAUUUUACAUUUUUUACAAUUAAAUCUCUAAUUGUUAUUUUGCUUUGUGUUAAAUACAUCAUUUUGAAAAAUCUAAAUCAAGGAAAAAAACUUGAGAAAAGCCAGGCAACAGGGCUGGCCAAUCCUCUUGUGGCUGUGCUGGGUAGACUUAAGAUUAUAUGAACUUCAGUCCAUAAAAUUAAUCAAGAUAGUAAUCUGUUGUUUUCUUGGUCAGUUCAGGUGGAUCCAGACUGUAAAUGUACAGCUCUGGAAAGAAUUAAGAGACCAC